CUAAUCAAAAAGAAGACACAAUAACUCCGAGCCGAACCCCUUCAAGGGACCAACCCGACCAGAGUGCUCAGCCGCGGGGACACCGGAGGAGUUACUACAAACAGAGCGAAGGCCUAGUGUGGAUUGCGGACGAGCCGAGGUUCAGAACGCCUCAGGGUCAACGCCGAAAAGAUGGGCUUCUCCAGCCCCCAUUCUCAUUCACUCAUUCACUAUACUAUCUUCAUUCACUUUCUGUAUAGAUAAUUUAUCAGAUUAGCCUUCAAAAUGACCAUCACAAACCGCCAACUCAUCUACGUCAAGGCCCCAACGGCAGCCAUCGACCCAUCCGUGACGACGGGCACCUUCAACCUCAAGAGCACCACGAUCGCCUCCAAAGACAAUGUCCCCGACGACAAAGUCCUCGUACGCAUCCACUACCUGGCCCUUGAGCCCGCCAUGCGCCAAUGGCUUACAGCCAAACGGUCGUACAUCGCGCCCGUGAAAAUCGGCAGUAUCAUGCGCGGCCAAAGCAUCGCCCAGGUCCUCUCCGUGGGCAGCAGCCUGAAAUCUCAAUACAAAGUUGGUGACUGGGUGAUUGCCUACUCGGGAUGGCAGGAAUACGCAUUCCUGGGCGCCAAAGAGGCGCAAAAGAUCUCCGUGCCUGCGGGCUGCAAGCCCACGGACGCGAUGUCCGUGCUGGGCAUGACUGGCCUGACGGCGUACUUCGGCAUGAUGGAUGUGGGGAAGCCGAAAGCAGGAGAUACGGUGGUGGUGUCUGGGGCAGCGGGAGCGACGGGGAUGGUGGCGGGCCAGAUUGCGAAGAUUCAAGGAGCAAAGAGGGUGAUUGGGAUUGCGGGAAGUAAGGACAAGUGUGAGUUCUUGUGUCGGGAGUUGGGAUUUGAUGUGGCGAUCAAUUAUAAGGAUGAGGAUUGGAAGAAGCAGCUCAAGGAGGCGACGCCGGAGUAUAUCGAUGUUUACUUUGAUAAUGUGGGCGGGGAGAUUCUGGAUGCGUGUUUGGGGCGGGCGGCGCAGUUUGCCAGGUUUGUCAUUUGUGGUGCGAUUAGCCAGUAUAAUGUUGCGAAGCCGAAGGGACCGGCGAAUAUCAUGCAGGUUAUUUCGCAACGAGUCAAAAUGCAGGGCUACAUCGUGUUCGACUACGCGAAGCAGUACCCGGAUGCGUUGCAGGAUUUGGCCAAGUGGUUAACGCAGGGCAAGAUCAAGCGCAAGGAGCACAUUGUCAAAGGGGGGUUGGAGUCGGCGCCGCAGAGUCUGGUUGAUUUGUAUAAGGGAGUGAAUACGGGCAAGAUGAUGGUGGAGGUGGUGCCGGCAGAGGAGGGAAUCAAGGCCAAGUUGUAACCACCAACAUACCUUGUAGCAUUUUGAACAAUAUACA